UCACGUGUGUCUGUCUGGUCAUCUCUGCGCUCGGCCUGCGCAGGACUGCGGCCACUGUGCGCUGCUGCUCGGAUUUCACAAACUUCUGCGGUUUAAAACAUUCCUGCGGGGAUUUCAGGAGCUAUAAAUCCCACAGCAGCGACCAAACACGCAUAUAAAGACCCGCACGGAGACCCUGCAGAGCUCAGCGCCGCGAAGAUGGCUUCUUACCCGUUACCGGAGGGCUUCACCGACUUCGACAUGUUCGCCUUCGGGUCCGCGCUGCUGGUGGGCGGUCUUCUGGGGUUUUUCCUGAACGCGAUCUCGGCUCUGGCGUUCCUCAGGGUCAAAGAGAUGCAGACGCCCAAUAACUUCUUCAUCUUUAACCUGGCCGUGGCCGACCUGAGCCUCAACAUCAACGGUCUAGUGGCGGCGUACGCCUGUUACCUGCGGCACUGGCCCUUUGGCUCUGAGGGCUGUCAGAUUCAUGCGUUUCAGGGAAUGGUGUCGAUUCUGGCCGCCAUCAGUUUCCUGGGUGCAGUGGCCUGGGACCGAUACCACCAGUACUGCACCAAGCAGAAGAUGUUCUGGAGCACGUCCAUCACCAUCAGCUGCCUCAUCUGGAUCCUGGCUGUGUUCUGGGCUGCGAUGCCUCUGCCUGCCAUUGGCUGGGGUGUGUUCGACUUUGAGCCGCUGAGGACGUGCUGCACCCUGGACUACAGUCAGGGCGACAGAGGCUACAUCACCUACAUGGUGACCAUCACUGUGCUGUACCUGGCCUUCCCGGUGCUGGUGCUGCAGUCGUCCUACAGCGCCAUCCACGCCUACUUCAAGAAGACUCACCACUAUAGGUUUAACACCGGUCUGCCGCUGAAGGCUCUGCUGUUCUGCUGGGGUCCAUAUGUGCUGGUCUGCAGCUUCGCCUGCUUCGAGGACGUGUCUGUGGUGUCGCCACGCCUCAGGAUGGUGCUGCCGGUGCUGGCCAAAACCUCUCCCAUCUUCCACGCCGUCCUGUACGCGUACGGAAACGAGUUCUACCGCGGCGGCGUCUGGCAGUUCCUCACCGGACAGAAAUCUGCAGACAAAAAGAAAUAAAGAUCUUCAUCUGUGUGUGUGUGUGUGUGUGUGUGUAGCGCUGUGUUUAUGCCUGAUGUGUGUGUGUGUGUGUCAUUCUCUGCUUCUCCCAGAAUCCUCCACUGAUUGGUCAUCAUUAGCCGCUCUGUGUUUGAGUGCAGCUCAGAAAGAGGAUUUCCCUGAGAACAGCUCCACCAGCGCCUCGACUGCUCAAACACACAGCCUUUCACUGAUAAUCCGCUCAAUAAAGCCAUUUUUUAAGUCUU